AUGUUUGGGGAUGUCAGGGAUGUUUCUUAUGAUAAAAAUUCCAGUUUGAAACGUCAAAUUGUUGCCGAGUUAUAUGCCAAUACACAAAUUCAAACAUCAGUAUCGGUUGAACGAGUUAAAGUAGACUAUCCGGCACAUAUUGCAUUCAAAAUGAAAACAUCAAAUGAUACGAUUAUUCGUACUGUUACUGUUUUUGCUGAAGGCUUAUUUAAAGGAGAAUGUUUAGUUGUUCAUCCAGCUGCAAAUCAAGUUCGAGAAUCUUUAGUAUGUCCGGUAAUUCCACCUCGUGAUAUUGCACUUGAUCUACAUGUUCAAGUAUUUGUUGGAUUAAAAUCAAGUAUAUUAUUUCAUGUUUUCGAAUUAAGUCAUCCACUUCCGACAUUUUCUAUGUAUGCUCUCAUACCAAACACACCAGAAGAACCAAAAGGAUUUGUCACAUUUUAUAUCAAUGAAAGAAUAGCCAGAAUUGUUGUGUGGAUCAAUCAUCAUUUUUUGUUACAAGAAGAGUAUAGUUGCUCAACAGCGUUAAAUAUUCAGUUUUUAGCAUUAAGAACAGAGCAAAAAUUAAUCAUCAAAAUGCAAACGAAUGGUCAAAUGACAAUUAUGACAGAUGAUAUGGAAUUAGCUGGUAACAUCAUUCAAUCAAUGGCAAAAUUUUUAAAUAUUGAAGAUUUACAAACAACAUGUGAAUUUCCUAGUGAAUUGGAAAUACUUAGUCGUGUAUUCUCACAUGUAUGUACUACAUAUUGUGUUGGACUUAAUGGCAAAUAAAAAUAUAAUUGGGUUACUUUUAAAAUUCUCUACAAACUGAGCUUUAUAGCUAGCUAGCUAUUCAACGGUUUAUCAAUCAGAAACUAUUCGCAAAUCAUUCAGUCAUGCUGUGGAGUUAGCUAACAGAGAAUUUGGCUAAAACAAACACAGACAGCAGUGAUUCAUCAACAUCAAAGUUUUGUAUAGGGAAUGAUCAUUGUAGUCUAAGUACUUAUCAGUCUUCUCAGGAUCUUUGUCACAAACAGUAGGUAGCCGAUAUUUGUUUAUGGUGAUAUAGACGAUGCUGCUGUAAUAGAAUAUAUUUUCUUUUUACAUUUUUUUUUGCUAUUUUAAAUUUACAUGAUAGGCUGUCAAGCUAUUAGGUCCUUCACAUAAUACAAACAAAAUGAAAAACAGAAGAUGGUGCUCCUACUCAUCGUUCAAACGAGAAAGAUCAUGAUGCUAAGUAUUGUUCAUUGUAUCGGUUAAAAGAACUUCGAGAAGUGACCUAAGUUUCAGAAUAAACUUCCUACGAGAAAAGAAAACAGUAAGAAUAGCUUGUAUCUGGAACAAGCAUUAUCUUAUGGUAUAAAAUAUGUAAAACCGUUGCUGAUUCUCCUACGGAUUACAAAAUAAUCUGACGCAAACAGUUGAUAAUGUCGAAUCAAAGUUAGAUACCAGUCCUGACAUGUUUAUAGUCAAACGUCUAAUACCUACGUUGAAUAUGAUAGUCAUACCUUCAAUAAGAUGGUAUUGCGGGUAAAUGAACUACUGCUGAUCAUUAUGGUCACGUGACUGCUCAGUUUUCUAACUAUGAAAAUACGUCCUGACAAAAUGUUGUAUCAAUUAAAGAAAUAUUCCUUGGGACCAUUAAAAAUGAAACUAUCAAUAGCAGCAAGCAGGAUAAAUAAAAUUUUCUAUUAUCGUUUAAGAGUACAUUUUUCAGCAUGACGUACAAAUUUAAGAAAACAUAAAUUGAUCGCUACUAACUUAUGUGGAUCUUGGCAUUUGCUAAAUCCAAGUCAACAACAUGUUGAAGAUCUUUCAUUUCUUUUUGAGACGUUUCGCUUACCAACUGUAUCGUGAUACACUUUUUACACCCAUUGUAAAUGCAAAUCUGAGUCCAUCCAUCGAUCUAUUUCUUUCACGUUUUGAACUCGAUAGAAAUAAUUACCAUUUUACUUUUAAUGCUGUCGAUUAAUUCAUUUCUAAUACAACAAGAUUUAAAUAGUUUUGAUGUCGAUUUUCAUAUACUUAACUAGCUGAAAUUGCAAUGAAAGGUGCUACUCUCUGUUGCUCUAACACUCUGAAACUUCUGUUGCAACUAUACUGAGUAUUCUUGAUUUUAAAGGAAUCUAACAUUGUUAAAAGUGUCUAUGGGUAAUGCUGUCAUGCCAUUCCAAAAAAAGUUCAGGAAACAAAGAAAGUAGCGUUUUCGUAUUUUAUAAAAGUUCAAUAAUUUUUUUCUGUGUAUCUCGGAAACUGCUUCAUACACCUUCUACAAAGGCAAAUAAAGGGAAAAUACUCAUUAAGAAAAUAAAAACAUUUACCAUUUAUGAAUAAGUGAAUCUGCUAAUGGAAUUUCUACACGCUUUAUAAAGAAAUAGAAAAGAUUAACCAUUUUGAUGAUUUAAACAGUUGUGUUCUUUUUCUUUAGAAAACAAGUGUAAAUAAAUGGUUUACGGCUAUAUGUAAAUAAAAGUAGACGAGUCCAGUGUAAAGCCUGUAAAUAGAAUUGUGUUGUACGAGAUAGAACACAAAAUCGAAAUAAAAAAGUGGGUUGAAUGACGAUAUAACAGUAAGACAAAAGAAAGAUAAAAAAUUAGAAAAUACACAAACGUCUUCUUGGAACGAUGCGCCUAAACGUUUUUGUUCGCCACUUUUAUCGUCGGGUUCCAUCUGUUGAGAUGCUGUUCGAUAUAAUUCACCACCUUUCGUAAAUAUAGAGUACUUCGGGGUAAUUAGAGACACUCUUUGACAUUUUCAUCCUUUUUUUGCUAUUUCUUGACCGUUUUUGAUCAGAAAAACUUGCUACUGGACACGGUGAUAGUCCGAACAUUUUUCUGCACGCUUAUGUAAAAAAUGAGACGUUCCGUGACUCUGAGUAAUUCUUUAUAGGCGACUUAUAACAAUUUUUGUGGAAGCCCGAACAACAGUAUUUAACUAGUGCAUGCCUACUGCUCUCCAUAACUUCAUAUCAUCUUGUAUACGACUCCUUGAAAUGGGACAUUUGUCGGAUAACCUUUGUCUAAAAAGUCUUCGUACAAAAUGUUCAUCCAUUUUUAGGUCACUUAGAAACGACUUCUGAGAACAAAAACCAGUUAGUUAGAAUCAGAAUUUGAUGCUCUUUCGGAAUACGUGUCCA